GAUGGGCAACCACCUUGUGCUGCUUGUUUCGACGACGAUGUUGGCCGUGACCCUCGCCGUCAUCCCCUUCUGCAGCGUCCUGGGCUGGCUCGCCGCCGUGCUGGCCGUCAUGGGCUUCUUUAUGGGCACCAUCGACACUGUGGCUAACAUCUCCAUGAUUCAGCUCUACGGCAUGAAUGUGGCGCCGUUCCUGCAGGCCCUCCACUUUUUCUACGGCCUCGGUGCCUUCCUCUCCCCAAUGAUCGCUAAGCCGUUCCUCCUGAACAAAGACUGCACGGGCAUGAUCCUGAACGGCACCAGAACGCACAACCACCACAAGCUCGACUUCUCCCUCACGCCCAACAUGUCGCAGGCCCUCCCUGACAGCCAUAGGAUGCAGAAGACUUCGGAAAUUCAGUAUGCUUUCUGGAUUCUGUCGGGGUUGCAGAUCCCUGUGCUACUUCUGCUGCUGGUUCUGGUGGGCAAGGAGCUGCUGGGCAUCGGCGGGCCUCCCGACGCCUCCCUGCCCAAGGGCUCGAGCGGGGUGGAGGCCGACAAGGAGGCGUUCGAGAUGCAGGCGUCGGCGGGGGCAGGAGGCAAGGGCGGGGCGACCAUUGUGCCCAAGGACCCCGAGGACCGGCCGGCCGUGACCAAGGACCAGGUGGUGGUCGUGACGGGCCUCACCGCCACCAUGCUCUUCCUCUACGACGGGCUGCAGGCUGGCUACGGCGGCUACGUGUUCAGCUAUGCCGUGAAGAGCAUCGCAGGAAUGUCCAUGAACGAGGCGGCUUACCUGAACGCCUGCUUCUGGGGGACCUUCGCCUUCGGUCGCCUCGUCUCCAUCGGCAUCGCAACCCGCCUGGCGCCUUCCUUCAUGCUGCUCUGCAAUAUAAGCGGUUGCCUCAUUGCAAUGUUGCUGAUGCUCUCCUUCCGCCACAACCACGGCGUGCUGUACGUCGGGACCUGCGUCUUCGGCACCUUCCUCUCCUCCGUGUACCCCACCGCCGUGUCCCUCGCGGAAACAUACAUCCAUGUGACGUCUUCCAUCACAAGCAUCCUGGUCGUGACAGCCGCCGCCGGAGAAAUGCUGAUGCCGGUUAUCAUCGGUCACGAGUUCGACGCCUGGGGACCUGCUAGCGUCCUCGUCUCGGGUGUGAUCGUGACUCUUAUCUCCUUCGUCGUGUACUUCCUGCUGUACCUGGUGGCGCAGACGAUCACCCGACAGACCUCCGACCGAAGCUUAGUCCAACGACUCAAGUCCCUCCUGACGCGGCGGACGGAGGAGACCGCCGAGGACACAGGCCUCAUGAAACACCACGUCAAAUACUACACGAGAAUGAGAAGCGACCUGUCGGAGUCCUCCCUGGGCGACGAAGGACAGACGGACGUGGGGGAGGUGCUCGCCGGGACCAAGGACAACACGGUUACUACGCCCCCUGCGCUUCUGUAAAGGGGAGGGGCGUUGGGGGAGGAAAGGGGGGAGAUGGGUAGGGGGAAGGAUGGAAGUGCUUGAAAGGGGAAACAGGGAGUAACUGGAAGGGAAAAAAGGAAGAAGAGGAGGGUGGUGAUUGAGGGCUGGGGGGUAUAGUGCAUGCUAAAGGUUGGUGAUUAACAAAUGACUAUGGCGAUGGUGAGCUUUAACGUAUGGUGUAUAUGUAUGUUUAAGGAUGUUAAUGUACACAUACGCACAUACUCGCUAACACACAUUGACAACGAUAGUCGAUAAUCAAAAUAGAAUUUUCUAUUCUUGAAAUUUGGAUUUUUGAAUUGUUCAGAGAAUGUAUAAGUGUUUUAGACUUAGCUAAAAAUGAAUAAAUAUUAGCGUAUUACUUAUAAA